ACUGAGGGACGAAAACGCGAGCACCCCCACCAAGACAGUGGGGUUGGUGGGACGUGCCGUACCGUCGUAAACGUUACCGAAACCUUAUCCGCCCUAACUACUGGUUGGGGCCGUUUGUGUCUGCAAUGGAAAGGGGCCAGUUCUAGACUGGAUUUGACAAUGUAACAGAAAUAACCCCUCAGGAAUGCCUGCCGCUUUGGGUCCAUGUCUGGUGUUGGUGCCAAUGGCUGUUGGAGCUCUGCACCCGGUGCAAUACGGAGUGAAAUAUGCAUGUCUGCUUUUUGAUGCUGCGAUAUUUCUACAAUCGUAUAACUUCAUCUGGAACCUGGCGGCCCGGUUGUGGAAAUACGAGAUGACCCAAUCCGGAAAACCUGGGGCACAGGCGGUGUUCCGACCCGUGUGGCUGUGUGCUUGGGACGUGGUAUUUACUGGGCCGGCGUCCGCCUCCGUUUCCUGGGUCCCGCUGUCUGCGCUGGUGGACCGCUGCCGGCCGCGCCAGCCCAAUUUGCGGUCUCGGAGUCAAUUUUCGCCCUGGGUGCGCCGCCCUUUGUGUCACCGUCGCCAGGCGCUCGCCCCGUGCCCUAGGGGUUACCCGGCCGCAAAAUUUUCACCUCUCCAUAUGAAUUGACAAUUUUUGUCUACUACCGCCAACUCUUCUGACCACUACAAAAUGUCUUUAGGAACUUUAUACUUCAGCGAAAGAACCAGAGCCUGGAUCCCCAAGGCUGUCAUCAAGCACUUCGACUUGGAUGUCAAGAUCGUCGAUGCCUCUGGAAAGGACUUCACCGACAAGUUCCCAUUGGGCAAGGUCCCAGCCUUUGCUGGACCAAAGGGCUUCAAGUUGACCGAAGUCAUGGCCAUCACCAUCUACUGUAUGUAUAGCAU